AUGCCCGUGGCUGUUGAGACUAUGGCAACGACACCGAAUUCACAGAGCGCCAUGGACGCCGCAAACGACAAGAAGCGUAAUAAGUUGGGAUAUCAUCGGACGUCAGUCGCAUGUGUACAUUGCCGGCGACGAAAGAUCCGAUGCUUAGUAGCAGCAGACGACCCGCAGGGACGAUGUGAGAACUGUAUUCGAUUACGAAAAGAUUGUCAAUUUUUCCCAGUCGAUCAACAACCGCCGGUGGAGAAGAAGUCGCGGCCCAGUUCGAGAUUAGAGACGGCAUCUGGGGGCUCAGCGACGACUCCAAUUUCCUCGUCGCCGACCAAUUUGAACGCGGAAUCGGUCGAUACGUUUUAUCAAUAUCAGCAGGUCGCCAUGAAUUCAUCAGGGCAGGAUAUGGCGACUUUCCCACCCGGCGCAUUUGCUGGGAACCCCAUGUCGGGCUUUGUACCAGACCAGUCUAUGGGACCAGGGGAAUUCACUAGACAUCCGAUGGAAGCAGGAGUUUGGGAUGAGUUUACGACGAUAUCUGACCCUCAAAUUCUGGCCACUAUGAACGCAAAUAAGAACCAGAUGAUGAAUCUGUCGCCCAACGUGUGGCCAGCUGGAUUGCCGCCCAAUUCGCCCAUGUCUGCAGCAUCACCCAUGGCAGGCCAAGCACAGCCUUUGAAUCCCGGCGCAACAUAUGCUAUGCAGCCCGAUGGAAUGGUCUGGCAAGUCCCACCCCCACCGUCAAGGGCGAUGAGCUACCCCGGUCAAGAUGUGGGCUCUUCCUUUCCACAACAAUUCCAACCUCAGAUGGCCCCCGACCUCAAGCGGAGGAUGACAACACCCGCGCAAACAGUCGCCUCGCAAGGCGCAUCAGGACCAACCCCCGACAUGCAGGUACCUCCCGGAUCCUAUCCAACACAAGCAGGGAUGGGAUUCCCACAGUGGCCUAAUAUGAACGCCAUGCCUGGUAUGGGAGUGAUGCAGUACCCCAUGUACGGGGACGUCCAGCAACAACCAUUCACCAAUCCUCCUCCAAUGGGGCAUCCCGGCGGACCAGGACGAUCGGGUCCCUAA